ACGGCGGCUAUCAUCUUGGGGGGCCCAUCAUCAUCAUCUUGGUCCCCUCCCCUGUGUUCUUCUUUUCUUCUACCUCUGGCUCUUUCUCUCUGAUUCCAGCUCCAUACUGCUACUUGGAUCCUCAAAUUAGCUAUACAGAAAAUUCCUGUAAUCUGGUACGGUGAAGUGGGUUUGUAACACAUAGGGCUGCGGCCUCCCCGCCACCACACCGUCGCCCUCUCACUCCCGACGACGGACGGACAGACGUUGAGACCCGCCGGCGGCGCGCGGCCAGUGCAGACCUGAUUCACCUGAACCUAAGAAGAUGGCGGGGUUGCCACUGGCCACGGCUGAGGUCUGCGACGCGAACUCGCACCUGAUCACCAGCGGGCAGCUCCGCGCCCUGCAGCCCAUCUUCCGGAUGUACGGCCGGCGGCAGGUCUUCGCAGGCCCCGUCGUGACGCUCAAGGUGUUCGAGGACAACGUCCUGGUGCGCGAGUUCCUGGAGGAGAAGGGGCAGGGCCGGGUGCUCGUGGUGGACGGCGGCGGCAGCCUGCGCUGCGCCAUCCUGGGCGGGAAUCUCGCGCAGCUGGCGCAGAACAACGGGUGGGCGGGCAUCGUGGUGAACGCGUGCAUCCGGGACGUGGACGAGAUCGACGGCUGCGACAUCGGCGUGCGCGCUCUGGGCUCGCACCCGAUGAAGUCCAACAAGAAGGGGAUGGGCGAGAAGCACGUGCCGGUGGCCAUAGCUGGGACCAGGGUCUGCGACGGCGAGUGGAUCUACGCCGACGCCGACGGGAUCCUUGUCUCCAGGACCGAGCUCAUCGUGUAGACAGAUCCCCUGUAAAAUGAAUGAACUGGACUGUGCAUGAAAGAGGAGGACUGAGGACUGCUGUUGCAGUGUUGCUGCUUGCUUCUACCUUCCCUAACUGAAUAUGCUGGCGCUAUAUCUGAAGGUCUGAACUUUGUAACAAGGUUGCUUUGACAAACGCGAAUAAUAGUUUGAUGCCAUUGAAGCUCGAGGUUGGCGUCUGA